AUGUCUGAGCCUGACCAGUGCAUCAUAUGUUUGGAUCCGCUGCCGCGCCCCUCGUCCUCGUCCGAGAGCCCUCAACCCGCCGUCGACACCGCUACAGCUGCCAUCGCCGAGGCUGUCGAGGGCGAUUCCAGCUAUCUCAACAUAGUGGCGGCUCUCGAUGGCUGUGAUCACAUAAUCCACGAUGCCUGCAUCCGGUCCUGGGCUCAAAAGACCAAUACUUGUCCCAUUUGCCGCAAGCCCUUUCACUCUGUUAGAGUCUACAACGGCCAAGAUGGCAUCGCCAUUUCAACCUACGAAGUCGAAGACAAAAAGCAAGUUGCCGAGUUCGACGUGCAGCAGUGGCUUGGAGAGAACCCAGAUGAAGAAGAAGAAGAAUCCAACCCAUGCCCCAUCUGCAACUCGGCCGAACGAGAGGACAUUCUCCUGCUCUGCGAUGGUUGCGAUGCAGCUUACCAUACGCACUGCAUUGGCCUCGAUUACAUCCCCGAGGGUGACUGGUACUGCAUGGAAUGUGCCCAUUUGUUCGAAAUAACGGACGACCAGCCAGAGCCAGAAGCUGCCUCAGAGACCAUACCACGGCCUCAAACCGCUCGCCGUCCAACCGGUCGAGCAAACCGAGGCUUCAACGUCCGCACCCGCGCUCGUCUCAGACGGGCACGCCGCCAGGCACGCAACAUGGAGUGGCAGGGCGCCUGGGGCCAGUUCUCCGGCCGCUUCUACGAGAUGAGCGAGCUUGAUCUCGAUAACCAUGACGACGAGGACGAAGAUCUUGAGCGUUUCCGCAGGUUUCAGCAGCUGGAUCGACGAGAGCUGCAGCGAUGGCAGCAACGGAUAAGCAUUGCACAGCGGCUUGGUGCGCGGGAAUCCUUUGCGAGCAACAUUCCGCCACAGAUUAGCGAACGCCUCCAGCCCUUACUACCGCCCGUUGAGGAAACGCGGGACGAGAGGCGUGCCUGGGGAGCCCUAGAUCGUGCUCGAGAGGCCGAGAACUCCAGCCCAAGCACCCGCAAACGAAAGGCUCGGUCUGUAACGGGCUCACCCAUUGAGCAACCUGCCCAGGAGCCCGAAAGAAAACUCAAGCGCCCUCGAACCCGACGGCUCCCAACGCACGGGGAAAGCUCUGCAGCAACCAGUGCUCCGGCAGCGGCCGGUCCUCCCAGCAGGGACGAUGCUGAGCCAACUUUGGUCGUCUCUUCCUUGCUCAAAGAGCUGGAACCCAACAUCCACUCGGAAGACGAGGCAUCUGCCACCGCCUCUGGUUGGCGGCCUUUCCACGAGGCGUCAUCCCCAGCUCUCUCUCCAUCUCCAUCCGCAUUCAGCAGCCCACGGGCUCUUUCAUUAACACCACCUCCUUUACCCAAUCUCAAUGGACGGCCAUCCAGCAGCGACCACAGCGACUCCGAAUCGCCGCCAAUAAAGCUUGAACUUCGCCAGCCUCGGCCGCGGCGCGCGCACGAGAUGUCGCCAGAGUCCAGCCCGACACGCGGUGGCGAUGAGAACUCCAUGAGACAUACAAUGACGACCGAGGAAAAGAAGAGCGUCAAUGACAUCGUCCGCAACGCUCUGAGGCCGCACUGGCGGGCUCAGAAGUUGACGGUAGAACAAUAUGCAACAAUCAACCGUGAUAUAUCACGAAAACUUUACGACGAAGUGAAGGACGCGUCCUCACUCGAUGACGAAUCUCGACGACAAACAUGGGAGAAGAGGGUCACCCAAGAAGUGGCCCGGGCAAUCUCCGAACUUCAAGCCUGA